CGCGUGUGUGUGUGUGUGCGCGCGCGGGUCUGGGUGUUUUUUUUUUUUAUCCAACUUGUUUGCAGAGGUCUGUGGGACUCCCAAGAAUCAGCAGACUGGCGGGUUUCCUGAAACACUGGGGUUGUUGGUGUGGCCAAAUUUUCCCUGGAUUUGACUGGUAAAUUCAGAAUUCUGAAGCCCAGGCUCACAGUCUACCUUUCACGGAGGCCCAGCCGUGAGAGGACUGAGGAAGGCACGUGGCGGAUCAUGACGGCCGACAAAGAGAAGGAACGAGAGAAAGAGCGGGACAGGGACAGAGACAGGGACCGGGACAAACGGGAGGCCGGGAAAUCUCGCCGACAGGACGGAGACCAGAGCGAGAGCUCCAGGCCGCGGCGCAGCUGCACGCUGGAGGGCGGGGCCAAGAACUAUGCAGAGAGCGAGCACAGCGAAGACGAGGACAACGACAACGGCGCCGGCAACGGCACGGCCGAGGAGGCCGGCAAGAAGGGCAAGAAGAAGAUGCCCAAGAAGAAGUCACGCUACGAGCGCACAGAAAACGGAGAGAUUACAUCUUUCAUUACUGAAGACGAUGUUGUUUACAGACCUGGAGAUUGUGUGUACAUCGAGAGCCGGCGACCCAAUACUCCGUACUUCAUUUGUAGCAUUCAGGAUUUCAAGCUGAGUAAACGGGACCAUCUGCUGAUGAAUGUGAAAUGGUACUACCGCCAGUCGGAGGUGCCUGACUCCGUGUACCAGCACCUGGUGCAGGAUCGCAACAACGAGAACGAUUCUGGUCGCGAGCUGGUCAUCACAGACCCGGUGGUGCGGAGUCGAGAGCUCUUCAUCUCUGACUACGUGGACACAUAUCAUGCUGUUGCUCUCAGGGGGAAAUGCAACAUUUCCCAUUUCUCUGACAUUUUUGCUGCUCGGGAGUUCAAAGCCCGGAUUGACUCCUUUUUCUACAUCCUCGGCUACAACCCGGAGACCAGGCGACUAAACAGCACACAGGGGGAAAUCCGAGUGGGACCGAGUCACCAAGCCAAGCUCCCAGAGCUGCAGCCUUUCCCCUCCCCUGGUGGCCAGGCCGUGACCGAGAAUGAAGAGCUGGUCUGGAUGCCAGGGGUCAACGACUGUGACCUUCUUAUGUACCUCAGAGCUGCAAGGAGCAUGGCUGCCUUUGCAGGGAUGUGUGAUGGAGGAUCGACAGAAGAUGGUUGUCUAGCCGCCUCUCGAGAUGACACUACAUUAAACGCACUUAACACUCUUCAUGAGAGCAGCUACGACGCGGGCAAAGCUCUGCAGCGCCUGGUGAAGAAGCCGGUACCUAAACUGAUAGAGAAGUGCUGGUCUGAGGACGAAGUGAAGCGCUUCAUUAAAGGGCUGAGACAGUUUGGCAAAAACUUCUUCAGGAUCCGGAAGGAGCUGCUGCCCAACAAAGAGACGGGAGAGUUGAUUACCUUCUACUAUUAUUGGAAGAAGACCCCGGAGGCAGCCAGCUGCCGAGCCCACAGACGACACCGCCGCCAGCCCGUUUUCCGCCGCAUCAAGACACGAACCGCUUCGACGCCCGUCAACACGCCAUCACGCCCGCCCUCAAGCGAGUUUUUGGACCUGAGCUCAGCCAGCGAAGAUGACUUUGACAGCGAAGACAGCGAGCAGGAGCUGAAGGGCUACGCCUGCCGCCACUGCUUCACUACCACCUCCAAGGACUGGCACCACGGGGGCCGGGAGAACAUCUUGCUGUGCACCGACUGCCGCAUCCACUUCAAGAAGUACGGGGAGCUGCCCCCCAUCGAGAAGCCCGUGGACCCGCCGCCAUUUAUGUUCAAACCCGUCAAAGAGGAAGAGGAUGGACUCGGCGGGAAGCAUAGCAUGAGGACUCGACGGAACCGAGGCUCGAUGUCAACGCUACGUAGUGGUCGUAAGAAGCAGACAGUGAGUCCCGAUGGCCGAGCCUCGCCUACCAACGAGGACCUGCGCUCCAGCGGCCGCACCUCGCCGAGCGCGGCCAGCACCGACAGCACCGACAGCAAGACAGACUCCAUGAAGAAGCCAAGCAAGAAGAUUAAAGAGGAAGCUCCCUCACCGAUAAAGACGGCCAAACGGCAAAGAGAGAAGGGAGCGUUAGACGCAGAGGAACCUGAGAGGGCCAGUGCCAAAAAGUCCAAGACACAGGAGCUCGCUCGGCCUGACUCGCCCUCAGAAUGUGACGGGGAGGGAGAGGGCGAGGGCGAGAGCUCCGACGGGAGGAGCAUCAACGAGGAGCUCAGCAGCGACCCGAAAGACAUCGACCAGGACAACCGCAGCUCAUCUCCCAGCAUCCCCAGCCCCCGAGACAACGAGAGCGACUCCGACUCUUCGGCCCAGCAGCAGCAGCUCCUGCAGAGCCAGCACCCUCCGGUCAUCCAGUGUCAACCAGGCACCUCGGUCGCCUCCUCAGCGCCUGUUCUACCUACGACCUCAGCCCCCUCUCUGCCUCCACAGGUGGCCCCCACCGCCGCCUCCGCCUCUCUACCUCCUCAGCCUCUGCCCCAGACCAGCCCGAUGUCUCUCAUCCAGUCUGGGGCGUCGCUUCACCCUCAGAGGCUACCGUCUCCUCAUUCGCCGCUGACUCAGGCUUCGCCUCCUGGCUCCUCCGUGCCGCCUCAGUCUCUGCCCAGCCCUCAUCACGGGCCCAUGCCUCCCAUGCCACAUCCACUACAAACAGGUCCUCCACACAUGCCGCAUCCUCUCGCCAUGGCCCCUCACGGGUUCCCCGUGGCUCCCUCUCAGGUCCCGCCCCCGCCCGUCUCGGGCCAAUCACAGCAGAGGUCUCACACUCCUCCUCUCCAGCCCCAGCCGUCCUCUCAGAGAGAAGGCCAGCCUCCCAGAGAGCAGCCCCUGCCCCCUGCACCCAUGCCCAUGCCUCACAUCAAGCCUCCCCCAACCACCCCCAUCCCUCAGAUAGCCACCCCACAGUCUCACAAACACCCACCUCACGUGUCUGCGCCUCCGUUCCCUCAGAUGCCUUCAAACCUGCCUCCACCUCCUGCCCUAAAGCCCCUCAGCUCUUUAUCCAACCAUCAUCCUCCAUCGGCGCACCCCCCUCCUCUCCAGCUGAUGCCUCAGGGGCCGCAGCUCCAACCUCCACCAGCCCAGCCUCCGGUUCUCACCCAGUCCCAGAGCCUCCCGCCUUCAGCCAGCCACCAGCCUCCCCCACCUCCUCCCCUCCCGCCUCCCGCAGCGGCCUCGCAUCCCAGCGGGGCACCGCCGCAGCCGCCUUUCUCCUCGCAUCCUUUCAGCACAGUUCUACCUCCAAGCGGGCCUCCACCUUCCUCGUCGAACUCUAUGCCCGGCUUACAGCCGCCGCCGUCUUCUUCUUCUUCUUCCGCCCCGUCCUCCUCCAUCUCCAUGCCUCUCCCUGCCUCGGUCAGCUGCGCUCCGCCCGCCCAGGUGGUCCCACCUGUACACAUCAAGGAGGAGCCUCCAGAUGAGUCGGAAGAGCCGGAGAGCCCACCUCCUCCACAGAGGAGCCCCUCCCCGGAGCCCACUGUUGUCAACACGCCCAGCCACGCCAGCCAAUCAGCACGGUUCUACAAGCACCUGGACCGAGGUUACAACUCGUGCGCUCGGACAGAUUUCUACUUCACUCCGCUGGCGUCGUCCAAGCUGGCCAAAAAGAGGGAGGAGGCUCUGGAGCGAGCAAAGAGAGAAGCAGAGCAGAAAGCGAGGGAAGAGAAAGAGCGGGAAAGGGAGAAGGAGAAAGAGCGAGAGAGAGAGCGUGAACGGGAGAAGGAGGUGGAGCGUGCGGCGGUGAGUCCUUCCUUCCUUCCUUCCUUCGCCGUUUCUACUUGUUUUUGGGGUGUUUUGCUAAGUGUUUCACGUCUUUCCUCACAGAAAGCUUCCAGUUCUGCUCAUGAAAGCAGAAUGGGCGAGCCCCAGAUGGCCGGCCCCGCCCACAUGCGCCCCCCAUUCGACGGCCCCCCCACCACCAUCGCAGCGGUGCCUCCGUACAUCGGGCCCGACACGCCCGCCCUGCGCACCCUCAGCGAGUACGCCAGGCCGCACGUCAUGUCCCCCACCAACAGGAACCACCCGUUCUUCGUGUCCCUGAACCCCGCCGACCCGCUGCUGGCCUACCACAUGCCCAGCCUGUACAACGCCGACCCGGCCAUGCGGGAGCGCGAGCUGCGAGAGCGCGAGAUGCGGGAGAGGGAGAUCCGCGAGCGGGAGCUUAGGGAACGCAUGAAACCCGGCUUCGAGGUCAAGCCUCCAGAAAUGGACUCGCUCCAUCCUUCCACCAAUCCCAUGGAGCACUUCGCCCGGCACGGGGCCCUCACCUUACCCCCGAUGGCCGGCCCUCACCCCUUCGCCUCCUUUCAUCCGGGCCUGAACCCACUGGAGCGGGAGCGGCUCGCCCUGCCCGGUCCGCAGCUCCGGCCGGACAUGACCUACCCGGAGAGGUUGGCAGCGGAGCGGCUCCACGCUGAGAGGAUGGCCACGGUGGCCAACGACCCCAUCGCACGACUACAGAUGUUCAACGUCACGCCGCACCACCACCAGCACUCGCACAUCCACUCCCAUCUCCACCUCCACCAGCAAGACCCUCUCCACCAAGGUUCGGGGGCCCACCCGCUGGCCGUAGACCCCCUGGCAGCCGGACCUCACCUGGCGCGCUUCCCCUACCCGCCCGGCGCCAUCCCCAACCCUCUGCUGGGCCAGCCGCCGCACGAGCACGAGAUGCUGCGCCACCCGGUCUUCGGUGCUCCGUACCCACGGGACCUACCGGGAGGCCUCCCGCCGCAGAUGUCCGCCGCCCACCAGCUGCAGGCCAUGCACGCCCAGUCGGCAGAGCUCCAGAGGCUGGCGAUGGAGCAGCAGUGGCUCCACGGGCACCAUCACAUGCACGGAGGACCCCUGCCUGGUCAGGAGGACUACUACAGCCGACUGAAGAAGGAAAGUGACAAGCAGCUGUAACCAACCGGAUGGAGGCGGCGACUGACGAGUGCAGGACACAGGAAGUUGUCACUAAAGCAGCGAGCGUCUUGGAGGCUCCUCAGGAACCUCUGAACACUUUCCGUCUUGAAGAACAGGCCUGGGCCAAGCGGAUCCUCUGAUUUCCUUCAGUUUCUGUUCCCGUCAAGGACCUUUUCCUUUUUCUUUUCUUCUGUUUUUUUAUUUUUUAUUAUUUUCUUUUUCAAGGCGUUGACUUUCUUUGGUAUAUAACCAGUAGUGACAACAUCCUCAAGACUCCUGCAUGACAAGCUUCCCUGAUGUUUUGUAGGUGCUAGAACAAGACACUGUGCUUAUCAAGAGAUAAAAAAUGAAAAAAAAAGCCGAAAAAAUAAAGACCUGUCAGACCAUUUAUGGGGAAAAAUAACAAGUGCUAUCUUAAAUUCAACGUUUAUUUUAAUACAUUGUUGGAAGUUUUUCAUAAUUUUAAGAAAAGCUGCAGCAUGGCGUUUUUCAGUCUGUAAAUAGUAUAUAUAAACAUAUAAUUAUAAUAAUAAUUAUUAUUAUUAUUACUAGGUGUGGACUCCAAGUCGUUUCAGCCUCCGAUAUAACUUGUUUUGAAGCAUUAUCCCUUGUUUCAGAGGGGAGCACCAUGGCAUUAUACGAGCAGUUUCUGAGAGGCGCCGUUGGGUUGUGACCUCGCUGUGUUAGAUUUAGUCCCACAUACGCCUUGUUGUAUGUAAACCAUGAGCCCACGCCCUCCCUCCACACCCACCCACCCACCCACUCAUCCGUCAGUCCAUCCGUCAGCGGUGACGCGCAGCGGCUUUGUCAGAGUUAACGUGUUGAGUUACGCAUCUGAAACACUUGAAGAGGAGAACUUUGCACUGAGCGAGCGUCCGGGAGCUCUGCUAAAACGGUUUUAAUUCGGCUUUAAUUAAUCCGACAGGAGGAGCGGAGCGGCGUCGCUGUCGUCUGCUGGGUUUCAGCAGAAUGGUUUUAAUUGGACCAGUUUUAAGCCAAAUUGGGCGUUUUUUUUUUUAUUCUCUUCACAUCAAACCCGAAGCUAGAUUUGAAUUUUGUUCAAUCUUAAAGCCUAAAAUGAGUUCAUGCCUUGAUUUUUAAUCUUUGAAUAGGUUAAGCAAGACCUGGUGCACGUGUUAAAUCAGGAAACCAUUUAAACGGGACCUGUAUGGCAGCAUGAAGUAGGCCAAAAGCAAUCAGAAAGUUCAAAUUCUUGCUCGUCUCCUGGGUUUCUGCUGACCAUCAGGAGGUGCAGGGAUCGUUGUGUCCAUCUUUUCAUCAUAUGCCUUGUUUUUAUGUUAUUUUGUGAGGCACGCCCAGCUCCUGGGGGCUCGGUAGUGUUGUUUAUGUGUGUGUGUGUGUGCCACUGACUGUUACAUGUCACAUUAGUCCACAAGGUUCCGCUUGUAUCCGUGCACUAAGACUGUCAUGGACAUGUACCCCCACAAAAAAAAGACUUUUUCUUCUAUUUUAGUUCUGACCAGCUGGAGAAACUGUACCUGCAUUAAAAGGGACCACAGUUUCCCAUGGAGCACUAUGUUUUUAUCUAAACGCCUGCAAAAAUCAAAGUUAGCGUAAAAAGACUUUGAAGCGCUGACGACUGCCUGUCACUCCAUCCCACCUCCUCUCACCGUCUCCCUCCUCAGCAUCGGCGUCAUCCUCACCUCGCCUUUUAUUCCCUCUCUUUUUUGUGUCUCCGAAGCCUUUGAUGUUAAGUGUUGUCAAUGGUUUAGCUUCUUGUUUCAAAGCGGCAAUAGCAGAAUGUACAUUCUGACUGCUAAGAUUUAUAUAUAUACUGGUAUCUUGAAGCUUAUUGUAUAUAUGAGUAGUCGCCAUGGGAUGACACAAUGUAAAACAAAAAGGUAGAAAUAAUAAGAAAAAUUGUGAGUCCUGUGUUCUCUCCAUUUGAGUAUUUUGUAAUUUUUUUGAAAAAUUUGUGGAAUUAAAAUAAACGAAUGAGUUACACCACA